AUGUCAGACAGACCGGCUUCUGACCCAGAAACCACAGUCUCUAGUUCACAAGAAGACUUCGACUAUCAACAUGUUCCAGCCCAGGCUUUGGACGCUGUAAGAAUGCGUCUAGCCCAGCUCACGCAUUCUUUGGCUAAACUAAAAGAUGAAAUGUCUAAAGCAGAGCUGCCCCAAUGGUAUUCCCUCCAAGUUCAGGUAAGCGUCAUCCUCACACAAAUGCAAUCUCUAACUACAACUUUGCACCAUUUUGAGGAGCUUUUGGAUUCAACAGUAGUUUAUCCUUUGGGAACGUUCCCCACUACUGCUCAUGAGGGCCUGUUAACCACGUUGCUGCGAAAGAAAAACAUCCCAGAGGCUGAAUCCUGGAUACUCGACGCGAAAGAGACUGCUGGAGUAGAUCUGAACACAGCGUCGCCAGAAGAGGUCAAAAAGUGCUUAAAAAGUGACGAGGACGUUACAAAAUGGGCCUUGGACUUUUUGAAACAGGAACACAGUAAUUAUGCUUUCCGCGGUCUUCACACCAGCAAAAAAAUGGCCGAAGAUCCGUCACUAGGGGCUGCCGAUGAAUACCAGCCUUCGAUCGGUCGAAGUAUUCCUAAACAGCCGUUCGACGUGGACAGUAUACUAAAGGUUAUUCAUCAAGGUGCCAACUAA